ACACACGGCCUCGUACACACACACUCACACACGCUCCGGCGCGCACACGCAGCGCCUAGGCCGGAGGGAGGAGGCUCGGCGGCGGCAGCAGCAGCGACAGCGGCAGCGUGCUCCGCGGGCAGGCGGGAGGGCUGGCGGGCGGCCCCUGCUCCCCCGCUCCGCGGCUCGCUGCAGCCCGCACGGCCCCAGCCCUCGGACCCGCCCCCGGGGGUCGCCCGGCCCCAUGCCCUGCAGCCGCGGCGGAGCAGCGCGCGGCCGCGGGCGGCUCUGAGGAGCCCGGAAGGAGCCGGCGACGAGGGGACCAUGUACCGGGACCCGGAGGCGGCCAGCCCAGGGGCGCCCACCCGCGAUGUCCUGCUGGUCUCUGCCAUCAUCACCGUCAGCCUUAGCGUCACUGUCGUCCUCUGCGGCCUCUGCCACUGGUGUCAGCGCAAACUGGGCAAGCGCUACAAGAACUCCUUGGAGACGGUGGGCACGCCAGACUCAGGGCGUGGGCGCAAUGAGAAGAAGGCCAUCAACGAUCUAGACAGAGACUUUUGGAAUAACAAUGAGAGCACAGUGCAGCAGAAAUGGAGCUCCUACCCUCCCAAGGAGUUUAUUCUAAACAUUUCACCCUACGCCCCUUAUGGCGACCCACGACUGUCCCUCAAUGGCACUCUCCUGUCAGGCGCCAAAGUGGCCGCUGCAGCGGGGCUGGCGGUGGAGCGGGAAGGCCGGCUGGGGGAGAAGCCAGCACCGGUGCCGCCACCUGGAGAGGACGCCUUGAGAAGCGGCGGCACUGCCCCCAGCGAGCCAGGCAGCAGUGGCAAGGCGGGGAGAGGCCGCUGGCGCACGGUGCAGAGCCACCUGGCCGCAGGGAAGCUCAACUUGUCCAAUUUCGAGGACUCCACCCUGUCCACGGCCACUACCCUUGAGUCUAUCCCCAGCUCCACGGGAGAGCCGAAAUGCCAACGACCCCGCACUCUGACGCGGCAGCAGAGCCUGCAGCAGCCGCUAAGCCAACACCAGCGGGGCCGGCAGCCCAGCCAGCCCACCACCAGCCAGAGCCUAGGCCAGCUGCAGGCCCACACGGCCUCAGUGGCGGGCCACAACCCCCGGGCCUAUGGCCGGGGCCAGGUUCGGCAGGGCACCUCAGCUGGCUCCAAGUACCGGGCGGCCGGUGGCCGUAGCCGCUCCAACCCGGGCAGCUGGGACCACGUGGUGGGGCAGAUUCGAAACCGAGGCUUGGACAUGAAAUCCUUCCUGGAAGGCCGGAUGGUGGUGCUAUCCUUGGUCUUAGGGCUUUCGGAACAGGAUGACUUUGCCAAUAUCCCUGACCUGCAAAACCCAGGAACCCAGCAGAACCAGAACGCUCAGGGGGACAAGAGGUUGCCUACAGGAGGGAAGGCAGUGAACACAACCCCAGUGCCCAGCCAGACGCCUCACGAUGAGUCUGACCGCCGGACCGAGCCGCAUUCCUCCGUCUCAGACCUUGUCAACUCCCUCACCAGCGAGAUGCUGAUGCUCUCCCCAGGCUCCGAGGAGGAUGAGGCUCACGAGGGCUGCAGCCGAGAGAAUCUGGGCCGGAUCCAGUUCAGUGUCGGCUACAACUUCCAGGAGUCCACGCUCACCGUGAAGAUCAUGAAGGCCCAGGAGCUGCCGGCCAAGGACUUCAGUGGCACCAGCGACCCCUUUGUCAAGAUCUACCUGCUGCCAGACAAGAAGCACAAGCUGGAGACCAAGGUGAAGAGGAAGAACCUGAACCCCCACUGGAAUGAGACUUUCCUCUUCGAAGGUUUCCCCUACGAGAAGGUGGUGCAGAGGGUCCUCUACCUCCAGGUCCUGGACUAUGACCGCUUCAGCCGCAACGACCCCAUUGGGGAGGUGUCCAUCCCCCUCAACAAGGUGGACCUGACCCAGAUGCAGACCUUCUGGAAGGAUCUGAAGCCAUGCAGCGAUGGGAGUGGGAGCCGAGGGGAGCUGCUCUUGUCUCUCUGCUACAACCCCUCUGCCAACUCCAUCAUCGUGAACAUCAUCAAAGCCCGGAACCUCAAAGCCAUGGACAUCGGGGGCACGUCAGACCCCUACGUGAAGGUGUGGCUGAUGUACAAGGACAAGCGAGUGGAGAAGAAGAAGACAGUGACCAUGAAGAGGAACCUGAACCCCAUCUUCAACGAGUCCUUUGCCUUCGAUAUCCCCACGGAGAAGCUGAGGGAGACGACCAUCAUCAUCACCGUCAUGGACAAGGAUAAACUCAGCCGCAACGACGUCAUCGGCAAGAUCUACCUGUCCUGGAAGAGCGGGCCCGGGGAGGUGAAACACUGGAAGGACAUGAUUGCCCGUCCCCGGCAGCCUGUGGCCCAGUGGCACCAGCUGAAGGCCUGAGUGGGGCCAAGGGAGGCCCAGGGGACCAAGGGCCCGGGUCCCCAUCAUGCCCUCACCACUUUAUGCACACGCCCGGCUUGGCCCCCCUGCCAUGGAUGAGGGGAGGACCCUGACGGCUUGGCCAGGGAGGGGUCCCAGGAAUCAUUUGGGCCCCAUUUCUAGGAAGUACCAGCCCCGUCCUCCACCAGUCCAACUCCGGGGGAGGGGCUCUGGGAGCCAUUUUCCUGCUUUGCCCCUUUCCUUCCUGACUUGCUGAUACUAAAGAAGUGGGGAAAAGCGUGAGAGCCAGACAGGCAGAUCCCUCCAGAGGCCCGCCAGGUGGACACGGUCCCCGUUUUCUUUAAGGCAGUGCCUGGAGUGGAGAGAGGCCGCCCCCUCCACAGCCCCCGGUUCUGGGCCUAGGAGAGGGGAGGCCGAGGCAUUUGGCCCUGGCCUGGCCAGGAGAGGCCCGUCCCAGGGCAGUUUCAGGUGCCGGCUGGCCCCUGAACGCCAAGGAUAGUAUGUAGCCCCCUCUGGGGUCCUGGAGCCGCAGCCCUGUGUACUUGUGUUGUGCCCACAGUGUGCAUGUGUGUGUGUAUGGGGUGAGGCGCUCGCUGCCUGUCCUGCUGGCGCCAGCAGUGCUGAAGACUACACUAUGCAGAGAGGGCAGGAUUCCAUGAAGUGAGGCCGGGCUGGAGGCCCAGAGAGGACAAUGCACUGAGCCAGGGGGUGGGAGAGGACAGGCAGGGGAGGGGUGAGGAGGGCAGGGAUGGGGCAGGGUGGGGUGGGAAAGAGGGGCAGACACAAGAGGGCUGAGAGCUGGGCUGCCUCCUGCCGUUCCCCCCCUCCAUGGGACUCUUAGCCCUCGCCCCCCCAGGGUCCCUCUCUGCCUCCAGUUCUUCUCCAGUAGCUCAUUCCCCAGCAAUUUCAUCUCUUGGACAUUGUUCCAUACCUUUUAGGCACCUACUGUGUGCAGCACAUUCCACGAGGAGUCACCUGCUCCCUUCCUUCUCGGGCUCCCAAGCCCCCACUAGGUCUUUCCCCUGACACCCUCAUCCUUCCCAGAUCUCAUAUCCCAGCCAUGUUGGCAAUAUUCUCCACGAUUCCCAGCUUCCUCCUCCUUCCUUCUCUCUCACUGUCUGUGCAGCCCUCCCUCCCCACACACACCCCUCCCCCCUUCCACCCCUCCCCCCUCCAUGCUCACAGACCUUCCCUUGUGUUCCCUGUUGUGGUCUCUGAUCUUGCAUCAUGCGACCUUCUGCAGGAAUGUCUUCUCACCGUCCGCACUUCUCUGGGUCCCUCAGAGCAGCUCCUUCUGUCCCUCUCAGUUAAGGCAGAGGAAGUAGGGAAAAUGCCAGGAUUCUGAGUUCUGGGGUUGCCCCACACGAAGAAGUUGUGGUCUCUCCGCCUUGGCUGCUGCAGACUCUAGAAUUGGCUUCCCCUUGGAGACAGCAGAUUUCAGGAUGAUCCCUGUUUAAGCCUGCUCAUCCCCACGCGAGCCCUGGUAUUGAUACAAGACAGCUGGUGACAGCCUCGAUUCCCGAGGUCCGAGAGCCUGGGCCUGACAUUCCGAAACACACCGCCAGGUGGCGCCGGGAGACCGCAGUCUGUGACCGCGGCCCCGGACCUCAGUUCUACCCCAGAUGGGGUUGACACCCCAGGAAAGAGACCCUGGUCCCCAUUUACAGAGCAUGGCAAAAGCAUAGGCAUUUAGGAACCGUUUUCCUUCAGUAGGCUUCCCCUUUGAGCUGAGCAUUCUGCUCUAUACAGUAGACAGGUCACAUUUUUGCCCAUAUCAAAAUUUUCUUACAUUGAAUCUCACACUUCCGCCCCCAGCCUUCCCCCUAGGAUCCGGAGGAAUAACACACAAAGUAGGUGAAUUAUUUUGUAGAGUGAAGAGUGCUAAGGUACAGCAAACAGUCACCCACAUUCCUUGUAAAUCCAAAUUUUUCUCUAUUGUAGCUUUGCUUAAAAUGGGGGUCUGCCCCAACUGCACCGUCCUUAUUGGGCGGGCUGGGGACCAGCCCCCGGCGGGGACAGGAGGGCUGAGACUCUGGAAGCUGUGGGGGAAGCGAAGGGAGGGUGAUGUCUCAAGAAGCAGAGCGGACCCUCUUCCCCUCCACCCCGCGGGAGGCGGGCGGUUGAGCGAGCCCACCCCAGGCCCCCAAGCCUACUGCAGAGCCCCCAGGGAUUGAACCGAUUUGUAAAGAGUGGGCGGGGUAACUGCGUCCCUUUUUUUCUCCGAGCCCCGCCCAUGGGACUCUUAGCCAAUCAUAUGCAGAGCAUCUCCAGGCAGUCUGUUCCCAGUCUGAUCCCACCCAGGCACGUUGGUGUAACCCUCCUACGGUUCCUCAGCCCUCAGAUGCGCAACGGGGACACGGGGGAGGGGCAGCAAGUGGUGGGCCGCGGGCCGGGUGGGCUGGCACGGGAGGAGGCGGGUGGUAUGGGGUGAGGGCGGGGGGAGGUCUAGGCCUACAGGAGAACAGGGAAUGGGGGAACUUGAGGGUGGGGGAGGGCACCGGAGCCCUGCCACCAUCCCAGGACCUUGGGCAAAUCACCCAUACUUCGGGGCCUCAGUUUCCCCAUCUGUAAAAUGAUGGUAAUAAUACUUCACCUACCUCAUAGGGGAGGUUGUGAGGCCGCCGUCACCUGACCUAGGGGUCAAGGCAGGAGAACUGAAGGUGCUACCCGCGAGCAAAGUAUUAUUACUGUACCCUGAAAGCGAGGCCCACUUGCCCCUCCCCCCACAGAGCCUCCAGGGAUAGCCAAGGCCGGCCUGGGCCUAUCUGUCUCUUCUCCACUGUGUCCCAGGUCCCUUCAUGAGCGUCACCUGCCGUCUUUGUGGGCGCCCUAGACUUAGUUGUUAUCUUGUUCAUGUAUCCUUUCUUGUGACCAUCUCCCCGGAACUGCUGUACAAAUUCCACCUACCCCAGGACCCCGCACCUGCCCACCGGCGCCAGACGCCAGGAAAACAGCCACAAAAAAGCCAAGGGGGGUCUCAGAGCCCCCAGCCUGGCUGGGGCCCCAGGGGUGGGGGUUGAUGGCCAUUGUUUGUAUUGUGUUUGAGUCCUUGAGCGCAAGUGUUUUAUAAAAAAACAAAACAAAAACCCACUGUCGCAAAAAAAAAUUUGCAGCAAAGAGAAAUGAAGAAAAACUGAAGAUAAAAAAAGGAAAAAAGAACCAUACAAAAAUUUUCCACCAUACGCACCCUCUAAGCCAGCAAGAUUUCCUCUUUGCAAAAUCAUAUUUUUGUGGGAAUGGGCCCUGCUUUUUGUGGCGAGGCCCAUUCUGAUUAAUAAAGGAUCGUGGAAAAGUAGGGCCUUGGCUGUUUCCUCCGUGGGUCCCAGCCCUCCUUCACCUCCCAGGGGAAGCAGCAGUCGGGUGAGGGGAGCCUGGGGCGGAAUCUCCCUUCAAUUUGUCACCCUGGAGAUUUGUCUUCACUGGUAAUGAGGUCCUUCCAGCCUGUCCUCAGAUCUAGACUAUAAACCCACCAGCUGCCCCGAAAGCAAGGGAGCAGCCCCACCUCCCGGAUCAGGCCUGAAGCAAGGCUUGUUGGGAGUGGAGUCUCCUUGAGGUCUGAGGGGUACCCCUGUAGUUCACCCACACUAACAUCCCCUCCCUCGGUGCCCAGGGGACCCUCCCCACCCUCCAAGGCAGGUCAGACAAAUCAAAGGGGGACCCUCCACUACCCACCACUACUACCUGAACUAUGGCUGGGCCACCGUGGUUACAGGUCAGCAUCUCCCCUUCCUUCGUGGUCCCUGCAGAGCUCUAGCUCUGUUGGCUGGGCCUGUGGCUUCUCUCUACCCUUUUUGGGUUUAAUCCUGUAGGAGUAGAAAACUCUCUCCAACUAAGAAGAGCCCAUGGCCAGACCCAGCCUGAGGGAACUGAGGGCCCCGUGUCUUCCUUCUCCAGCAACUGUGGCCUGGGGUGAGCUAUUUCCUUCUUCCAGCCUCAGUUCCCUCAGACUGCAAAGGAGCAAUAACCACUCCAGCCCCUUUCCCUUCCUUCCCACACACCACCAGGGGAAGCCGAGGCCUGGCAGCUCUCAGGGUACUUCAGAAGGAAGGUGCUACCUCUGUUAUAGGCACAAAGGCAACGAGUGCCCCUCCGUUGUCACGUGUCACCUGCUGGCUCCGGCCCCACUCGAGUGAGGGAGGCCAUCGCGCCUCCUGCUCCCCAGCACCUGGCCGGCAGCUGCCUCCUGGAGCUGCACUAAGUACCCCCACCUGACGCUGCCCAUCCUCCCCCUUCCUGUCCCAUCAAUUUCUGCCAACCUUGUUUAAAGUUCUGGUUAAAAGUCAUUUCCUUUGCCUUCUGAUCUCUGUCCCAGAGAUUGGAGAGAGCCCCAGGGUCAGGUAAGUAUUCUCAAGAAUGCCCCUUGCCAGAACCUCUGUUCAGGCUUUCUCGGGGAAAAUGGCUCUGGAAAUCUCGGCUUGGAAGCAGGGACAGCUCGGCUUGGCAGAGGUGACAGCCUCUAGCCAUGGGCUUGGGGCCUUCUCCUGGACUUUUUGCCUCGUUCUUCUACCUUUACUUCAUUGGGUCUCUCUUCAUCCAGGACUACACUGAGAAAUUUGCCCCUCUCUCCCUGUGCCUGAAACCACUGCCCUCUGGUGUUCACUUUCUCCUGCAAGUCCCUCCUGGAUUCCACUGCUUUCUGGAAGGCCAUCCUGGUCUAUGUCCUGCUCUCCUCUCCCUCCCCCACAAAGACACCCAGAAGGACAAUGCUUGAACACGCUGUAUGCCCCAGCCCGUAGCUCCCUUGACCACCUGUGUCCCUUAAAAUGCCCUCCUCCUGUGUUUGUGUCCUGUGUGUAUACGUUGUGUCUCGUUUAGAUUGUGAGCCCCCCUGGGCAGGGACACCUGUCUGAAUACAUGUUCUGUGUGGCACACCUGGGUGUGCUAAUAAAUGUCCAUCCUCAGAACAAGAGUACCCAGGCGUC